AUGACCAAGUCAACUGCCCCCUCUUCUGAAGCCAGUACUCUUACUCCUCGCUCUUUUGAUUUCUCAGGUGUUCCUCAUCGCAACGGGUCACCUUCUGUGAAAGCAGUGUCAAAAGCGGUGAAUAAGGGCUUGCUGAACAAGGUAGAAGAUAUGUCUGGGACUUGCGACUACCUUCAAGAGCAAAAUGACUUGAGAGAAAUUUGCGACAAAACCUGGUUCACCACCUCGGAAAGUGAGCUCAAGUUCGAGUGUCCAAAUGCAUUAAUGGCGUGUCGUCACUCGUCUCACGUAAACAGAGCACCACCAUCUGUUAUCGCAGAUGGUAACAAAGAGGUCACCUCUUAUGCCAGCGAAGUAGAGUCCAGGAAGUGGCAAUGUUUCAGGUGCAACGCUAGUACCGAUAUGGAUGUCUUACGUGAUAGAAUAUUCGAUGAUGAUCUGGAACCCCUUGUUGUCAUUGAUCCAAGUGCCAACGGUGGACAGGCUUGA